AUGUCACAGCCGUCGAAUGGCGAUUCAUCGGGAACGGACAUCACUGCGUCGGCCAGAGAAGAGAAGGAGACAUACCUGCGUCCCGAAGGGUAUCAAGCCGUCACCUUGACACCAGUCUCCUCGCGCCCGAGCGCCCGAGCCUCGUUGCACCACACCCGCUCCUAUGUCGACGGUCACGGAUACUACAGUGACGACGGCCGUGAGGAUGAUCAAGAUGCUGGACAACAGGUGGAUAUCGAAGGGUCUCCAGACAAGGCAUUUGAGGUUCAGUGGGAUGGGCCAGAUGAUCCCAUGAACCCGAAGAACAUGAACAAAGCGAGGAAAUGGCUGAUCGUUAUCAUACUUGCAUUCGGAUCCCUGUGUGUCACUUGUACUUCGUCGUUAUACACAAUUACCUAUGACCAGAUGGACGCCGAGUUCGGGAACUCUCGUAUCGUCGCCACUCUGGGCCUUACAUUGUUCGUGUUUGGUCUAGGUCUGUCACCCAUGAUAUUGGGGCCUCUGUCCGAGUUCUACGGCCGCCGACCUAUUUAUAUCUUUGCCUAUAUAUUCUUCACGAUAUGGCUUAUUCCGUGCGCAACUGCGAGAAACAUCGAGACUAUGUUGAUCGCCCGAUUCUUCGAUGGCUUUUCGGGCAGUGCCUUUUUGUCUGUCGCUGGUGGAACAGUCGGCGACAUGUUCAACCGCGACCAGCUGCAAGCUCCGAUGAUGAUCUAUACUGCAAGCCCCUUCAUUGGCCCGGGCUUGGGUCCAAUCAUUGGCGGCUUCAUCAAUUACAACACUUCCUGGAGAUGGUCCUACUAUGUCCUGCUGAUCUGGUCCGGCAUCAUGUUAGUAACCAUCACAUUGUUUGUCCCCGAGACAUAUAUGCCAGUACUACUGAGAAAGAAGGCUCAAAAGAAGAGGAAAGAGACAGGCGAGGAACGAUGGAAGGCGCCCAUUGAAGCCUCUGACAAGUCUGUUUUCUGGACAGUGGUGAAGUCCUUGUAUCGGCCUUUCAUGUUACUGUUUAUGGAGACCAUGUGCUUCAAUCUCUGUUUACUAUCUGCCAUCCUGCUUGGGAUCCUGUAUCUCUUCUUCGGCGCAUUCCAUCAGGUCUUCACAGCAGUGUACGACUUCAACACUUGGCAGGUUGGACUGUCUUUCCUUGGACUCUUGACCGGCAUGCUGUUGGCCAUCGCCUCUGAUCCGAUAUGGCAUUGGAAUUACCUACGUCUGCUUCGAAAUGUCGAGACGAAAACCGGCGAACGCAAAUCCGAACCAGAAUUUCGGCUUCCUCCGUCCAUUGUUGGGCCAUGGUUCUGCGUUGUGGGCUUGUUUUGGUUCGCAUGGACGAUUUACCCUGAUAUCCAUUGGAUUGUACCGAUUGUUGCAACAGGUUUCUUCGGGUUCGGUACUAUCCUGACCUUCUCAGGGGUCUUCACUUUUCUGGUGGAGGCGUACCCCUUGUAUGCCGCCAGUGCAUUGUCAGCCAACUCAUUUGCACGAAGCGCCUUUGCAGGUGCAUUCCCGUUGUUCGGAACAGCAAUGUAUAAUAAAUUGAACUUCCACGGAGCAAGCACGUUGUUGGCCUGCCUUUGCUUGGCCAUGGCACCAUUCCCGUAUCUGUUCUUCAUUUACGGCAAGAGAUUGCGGAAGAAGAGCCGAUUUUCGAACCUCUCUGGGUGA